CUCCAGUCCGGUGAAGGUGAUCAGCUGUAAGCAGGCGGUACAUCACCAUGGCUUUACGUUCCGUGGCUAGGGUUACUGGCCUCUUGGAAAGGCAUGUUCCCUUAAUCACAGCCAACAGACAAUUUUAUCUGUAUUCACCUGAGCCAUUCCACCCUCUCGUUGACUGCACCCCUCGAUGGACGUCGUCAGAGGAUGCCGUGAAAGUGGUCGAGUCAGGCAACAGGGUGUUUAUUCAUAGUGCCGCAGCCACGCCGUUGAAGCUGGUCGACGCAAUGGUGGAGUAUGGCAUCAAGGAGAAACUCAAGGAUGUAGAAUGUAUCCACAUUCACACAGAGGGUCCAGCAUCUUAUAACAAACCAGAGUGUGACGGUAUUUUCCGGAGUAGUUCCUUAUUUACUGGAGCAAACUGCCGAGCGGCUAUAAAUAGUGGCAGAGCAGACUACACUCCCAUAUUUCUGGGUGAAAUCCCACUGCUCUUCCGAAGGAAGAUUCUGAAUUUGGAUGUUGCCCUCAUCUCAGUCAGUCCACCAGACAAACAUGGCUUCUGUACGCUUGGACCCAGUGUAGAUUGUACUCGAGCAGCCAUACAAAAUGCAAAGUACAUCAUCGGUUUGGUCAACCAGAAGAUGCCAAGGACGUUUGGGGAUGGAGUCAUCCACAGUUCACAUUUUGAUGCGAUGGUGGAAGAGGAUUUGCCUCUUUAUGAGUUAAAAACACACAAGCCAAGCCCUGCAGAAAAGGCUAUUGGUCAGUUGAUUGCAGACAACCUUGUUCAGGAUGGGGCUACUUUACAGAUGGGUAUUGGCAGUAUACCUGAUGCUGUCCUGUCUGCUCUCAAGACCCACCGUGACCUUGGCAUUCAUUCUGAGAUGGUGAGCGAUGGAAUCAUUGACCUUGUGGAUUGUGGUGCUGUGACAAAUGCCCGUAAGGUCAUCCAGACUGGCAAGAUCGUCACUGGCUUUGCAAUUGGGACUGAAAGACUGUACAAAUUUUUGGAUGACAAUCCAUUUAUAGUUAUGUGUGAUAUUGCUUUCACCAACUCAACAGCCAUCAUUUGUCAGAAUCCUAAAGUCACUGCCAUAAACUCCUGUAUAGAAGUGGACCUGACAGGACAAGUUGUAUCAGACUCUAUUGGAACAAGAAUUUAUUCUGGGGUGGGAGGUCAGAUUGACUUUGUCCGCGGGGCGGCACUCAGUCUGGAUGGCCUAGGGAAGCCUGUACUAGCCAUGCCAUCUACCACCAACAAAGGAGAGUCAAAGAUAGUUCCAUUCAUCAAAGAAGGUGCUGGUGUUGUGACAACGAGAGCCCAUGUCCACUACAUAGUCACGGAGCACGGCAUCGCCUAUUUAUUCGGAAAGAAUCUCAGGCAGCGAGCAUACGAGCUGAUCAAGAUAGCUCAUCCUGAUCACCGGGAAAGUCUAGAGAAAGCUGCAUUUAACAGGCUCAAAUGUAUGCCUUCACCUUAAGCUCAUGAUGUUAUAAUGGAG